AUGACGACGGAUAUCGCUACCAGGGAGCUUAAAAACCCCGUCGAUAUCGCUGAAUAUCUAUUUACGCGUCUCUAUCAGCUCGGUAUCAGGUCUAUUCAUGGAGUGCCGGGUGAUUACAACCUUGUUGCCCUGGACUAUGUUCCAAAAUGCGGCUUACGAUGGGUUGGUAAUUGUAAUGAGUUGAAUGCAGGUUAUGCGGCUGAUGGUUAUGCUCGAAUAAAUGGUUUAUCUGCACUUAUAACGACAUUUGGGGUGGGAGAGCUAUCCGCUGUAAAUGCUGUUGCUGGUGCUUAUUCGGAAUUUGUUCCAAUUAUAAACAUUAUUGGCCAGCCAAGCACUGCUUCACAAAAAGACGGGAUGCUUUUACACCACACCCUUGGUAACGGUGAUUAUAAUGUCUUCGCUAAUAUUAAUUCCGGUAUUUCAUGUGCUGUUGCAAAACUGAACGAUCCCCAUCAGGCUGCAACUCAUAUUGACAGCGCAUUACGUGAAUGCUGGAUUCGUAGCAGGCCUGUCUAUAUCACUUUACCAACGGAUAUGGUUCAAAAAAAGGUGGAUGGAGACCGCUUGAAGACUCCAAUUGACCUGAAAUGGCCGCCAAAUGAAGAAGAGAAGGAGGAGUACGUUGUUGAUGUCGUCCUUCGGUACCUUCACACUGCAAAGAAGCCAGUCAUCCUUGUGGAUGCAUGUGCAAUCCGCCAUCGCGUCUUGGAUGAGGUUCAUGAUCUUGUUGAGAAAUCCGGACUGCCAACAUUUACUGCACCAAUGGGGAAAGGUGCUGUCAAUGAAAAUCUUCCGAAUUACGGUGGUGUAUACGCCGGUGAUGGGUCCAACGCUGGGGUAAGAGACAUUGUCGAAUCUUCCGAUCUUAUUUUGAGUAUUGGAGCGAUCAAAUCCGAUUUUAAUACCGCAGGGUUCACCUAUCGCAUUGGGCGGCUGAAUACGAUCGAUUUUCAUUCUAAUUACGUUGCUGUGCGAUAUUCAGAGUAUCCUGGAGUGGGUAUGAAAGGCGUGCUUCGGAAGGUGAUCCAGCGUAUGGGAAAAGUAAAUGUUACUCAAGUUCCACGGCUCACAAACGAGCCUCGCGAAGACCCUACUACCGCAUCGAAGCCGGUCAUUACACAUGACUGGCUCUGGCCAACUGUUGGUAAAUGGCUGCAAGAGAAUGACAUCGUUAUUACUGAAACUGGAACCGCAAAUUUUGGUAUUUGGGAGACUAGGUUUCCUAAGGGAGUGACCGCCAUAAGUCAAGUCCUUUGGGGAAGCAUCGGCUAUGCUCUUGGUGCUUGUCAGGGUGCUGCCCUCGCAGCGCAAGAGGAAGGAGAUCGCCGUACCGUUUUGUUUAUCGGAGAUGGCAGUUUUCAAUUGACUGCGCAAGAACUAAGCACAAUGAUUAGGAACAGACUUACGCCAGUCAUUUUUGUGAUCUGCAACGAAGGUUAUACGAUUGAACGGUAUAUUCAUGGCUGGGACAGCACAUAUAAUGAUAUUCAAGAGUGGAAGUAUAAGGACUUGGUGCCGGCAUUUGGGGCCAAACCUGAUCAAUACAAAACAUACCAGAUUCGGACAAAGCAACAGUUGCUUGAUCUCUUCGAUGACAAGGAGUUUGGUGCGGCUCAGCGUUUGCAGCUGGUUGAAUUAUAUAUGCCCAAAGAAGACGCUCCCACUGUGCUGAGAUUGACAGCUGAAUCUUCAGCUAAGAGAAAUGCAGCUUAG